AUGAGAGCGCGCCCCACAGCUGUCGCGCACUUGCUGGCCCGCGACUGGAGUGGACGAUGCCACCAACACGCCAGGUUAACUCGGCCUCUGUUCACGACACCAUGCCGUGCCAGUCGAGUACGCACGCGCCUCGAGAUCCCUCCACCGUUCCCAGUCGUCAAGACCUGCCCUGAGCCGAGCUGCAACUGCCCACCGACACCAGCAAUGCCCGAGGGAUUGCCCAUUGAUCACAAGCAACCAUUGAACGGGACCAUGGCCGCGUACGCACAGCAGCUUCUGGUCUGCACCGGACAGCGGGACUGGACGAGUCGGAUUGAAGAUGACGGGGCGAACCACGGCUGGGGAAAUCUUGUGCGGGGCGUGAAGCAAUUGAUGGGUCGUGGGGGGCCAUAUCUCGACGUGCGCGGUUCUCGUUCAAGGCCCAAGAUUCAUGCUGUGCGACACACGCUGACUUGCACCAUUUUUUCUUUCUAG